AGCCAAAUUUCCUAAUUUGCGGAAAAUGGCCAGUAAGCGGCACGACAAUGGCGCAGUGGACGCUCCAGUCCGGAAAAUGAAGAAGAAGAACCCUAAGAUGGAUACGAUCGUGAAGGAGCUAGCGGAGGAGAAGUCGGCCAGAGUGGAGCUGAGCAAGCAGCUCGAAAAAGCGAACGAAACGAUAAAGGCGUUACAGAUGAGUCUGCGGUCCCCACGGAGCGAAAGCGUGGACAGCGCGGCGUUCUCGCAACAAGCAGGCCCGUCUAGUACCCAGCGACGCAGGAACGAAGCUGAAGCGGAACGAUCUCGGUUCUUGACGUCCGUUAACCAAAUGUCGCUCUCGUCAAUUAACGUCCCGGAGUGCAAACCCUCCGUAGCCGGAGAGCAAAUUGGACGACGCGAUUACGAGUCAUGGAUUGACCUUCUUACGGAUUCGCUGAAGUUAGCCGGCGUUGAGGAUGAACCGACGAAAUUUGUGGUUUUCAAGGUCAAAGCGGGUCCGAUGUUGUUGGACGUAUUCAAAAACACAAAAUCGACUCCGGAAAGCCCGAAGGAAGAAGAAUUCCCAUAUGCCAACGCAUUAAGCAGAUUGAAGUUGUACUUUGGCUCAGCAUCGGACAUAAUGCUGCAACGCCGGAAACUCGCAUUGAUGGUUCAGGGUACUGAGGAAUCGGAUUUGUCGUUUAUCAUGAGAGUGAAUUCCAUUGCUCGAUUGUGCGACUACAAAGAGGGGAAGGAAUUCGAAGAAAUCGUGAGCACGGUCGCCACUCACGCUAGAGACAAGGAUGUUCGCAUCGUGGCCCUGAAAAUGCUCAAUCGACAGGACUCCUUCACCGAGCUCGUGGAUGCAGUCCGUGAAAUCGAAGCGGUAAAAAUGAAUGAGGAAUACUAUCGUAUGCAGCACGAGAAGCAGGAGAAAAAGGCGGUGGCGGCGGUGAGCGCUGCUUUCCCGAAAGCCGAAUCAUACCGCCCUACUUUCAACCGUCGCUCGGUUCCGCGGGGAAGAUUUGGACACCCGUAUGCUGGUCACUCACGAUUUGACUCACAACGUUCAUCGAAUCGGGAAGGGGAGAGAAGUACCCACAAGGAGGAGGCUUACAGAUGCUUUAGGUGCGACAGCGUCUACCACAAAGCCGAGGCUUGUUAUGCUAUUGACAAGACUUGCCUGAAGUGUGGUCGACGAGGCCACAUUCAAAGAGCCUGCCGUUCAAUCAAGACUGAACAAUCUCGCAGACCAGGAGAAGAGGAUCGAAGCGUCAAGCCCGAGAAGGUGGCAUCUAUCGAAGUGGACGUCGUCGCCAAAGCAGAAGAGCACGCGGAUGAGCAGAACGUAGGUGUUGACAUUCCCAAGUAAAAUUCCCGCGU